AUGAACGUUGGUGCCUUGUUCCAAAUAGAAAAGGUGAACUUUGUUGAGCUUCACAAGGUAUUUCAGUUUGAUCAUGAAGCAUUCCAGUCUUCUAUCCGUGCAAAAUUCACAAAGCUUCAGGAGGAUAUGUCGAUAGAAAAUAAGAUCAUUGAUGCUCUCGCCAUCAAGGAGGAAAAGUGUAAGGUUUUGGAAACCAAGAUUCAAUACGAUGAAAAGCAGGUCGAUGAUUUUCUAGCAGAGAAGGCACUCACGCACAUUUGUAUCUCCAACGUUACUAGACUGCUCUCUGAUAUCACUAAGACUCGUGAUCCCAUGAUCUCCAUAACAGUAAAGAAGCAUUUGUCUGAAAUGCUAAGACUGGUGUUUGCUACGUUACACCAUUUGGAGGGUGUUUCGAAACCGGUGUCUUUUCAUAAACAAGGAGGAGAAGGCAGCUCCAAAGUUCAAACGAAUGAACCCCCUAAAUCUCCAAUCAAACCUCUUGUCAUCAAGAAAGAACCAAAGAGAAAAGAAAAGCUAUUCAGUGAAGAAACCAUUAUUGAUGAUAUCGAUGACGAAGAGCCUGAUGAGGCUGAGCUCAAAAGGUGGAAGGCUCACGAGGCAGAGAUAGACGAACAUACUCGCAUCGUCAGAAAGGCAAAAGAGAAAGAAAGAGCUGAAAAGGAAGCUCAGACCACACUUAAAAGCAAAAUGUUAUUAUUUCCUAAGUGGAACCUGAAGCGAAUUCAAAACCAAGCCAUGGAUAUGCCAAGCCAGUAUUGGUUGGAUCCAAUUGCUUCCUUUGAGAUCCAAAAUACACAUGAUUCACAAUUGGACCUAUACCUAUGA